CUCCGAAUCUCCUGUUAUUUGAUCAGCCGUAGGAAACCAACUCCAAAACGAGGUGAAAUGUUAUUGUCAUAAUUAGGGACAGAAUGAGAGUAUAAGACCCCGAAAAAUCCGUUGGUACAAUGCUUUGGUCCUCAAAAAAACAAGAAUCCAUUUUCUUUCAAUUUGGCUCUCAUUCUCUCCUCUUUUGGAAACAAAGGGAGACGAAGAAAGUUGUCCAUUUAGGAUUUUUGAAGGGACACACAGCAUUGGGGCUGAACGUUAUUAUCUAUUAUUAUUUUCUUUUUUAAUUAUUGGGAAUUUGAAUGGUUUUCUUCAAUAGAAUAUUCAUUCUUGACUGUUUCUUGUUUUUAUUUUAUUUUCUUCAACAUUUUUUGCCAAAACAAAGCGUGCUAAGUAAAUUUUCCCUGAGUUGGGUGAUAACAAAUACAAAAAAGCAGCAGCAACUUUGGUUUCUUAUUGAGGACUCUAUAAAAGUUGUCAUUACUUGGCCAUGUCGACGGGGGCACUUUGUGGUGUGGCACCUUUCUUUUUUCGUAAGAAGGCUUCUGGAUUUGAGGGAAAAACACGGCAAGAUUCCAAUAAAAACUGUAGUACAUCAAAGAAUGUUAGGGACAUGAAGGCUUCCACGGUUUGCAGCUCGAGUGGAGUAGCAGGCAACUUUGUAACCAUGAUUGAGCUUAGGAACAAGAUUUCCACCUUUAGGGACUUGCUAGAUUUCUCUCCUUGCGUCGGGUCUGCUUCUGCAAACGAGUUGCUUGUAUUGACACUCAAUGAUCUCUUUAAACGGUAUCCUAAAAUCAAACCAGACGUGUCGAUGUCAGAAAUUAAAGGUGGAUCUUCGCAACAGGCUCUUAAAAUCUUCUGCAAUGCUCUAAAAUCACUAGGAGACUUGUGGACAACAGAGGACUGGAUGGUUAAAUGCAAAAACAAUCCAUCUAUGAAAUUAGAACAAGUUGAUUUGGAGCAAACCGUACUGGGAAUGCUUGAAGACAUCAUCAAGCUGGCAAGAGAAAGAUUGUUUGAUGAGAUGGAUGAGGAUGAAGACCUCAGAGACUAUUGCCCUGCAUCAAAUGCAUUUGGUAAGGCUCUGUCUGAAUCUUAUUGCGAUAGCAGGAUGUCAUUUUCUGGCUCUCCGGUAACGCCAACUUCGGUCCUUCCGGAGGCCUGGAAAGCUUCUGCUAUCCGCGAGAAGACGUCUUAUUCUCCACCUCUACCCCUGCCGCUAAGAGUUCAAGCAGUUGGAAAACUGAGCCCAAUAGACGUAAAGCGCCUCUCCUUCCAUAUGUUCCCUCAUGCAGUAAAUGUUGCUCAGGAUCCAAGAUUCGUGAUCCAGAUGAACAAGAGAGAAAGAGAGGAGCAGCAGUCUCAUCAAGUUAAACCAGAUGAUGCCGAAAAGGGUAAUCAAGACGAUGAGUUGAUGGGCGAAAUGGAAAUGAGCAAUGAGGUUUGUGAAGACCAACGCCCUGAGAUGAAAUUUGACACUCCAAAGAUUCAUAGAACGGGUUCUCUUGGGGUAAUUGAUUAUACUGGAAGAAACUGGAUUGGUUCCCCAUGCAUUCACUCAUCGCCAACUCCACAAACCUCAGCUAAACAAGAAAAGUAUGUGCCUCGUCUACCAUUAGUUCCCACGUCCUUUCCAAGUAAUGAUGUAUUAUCUCAAAUUCCAGUGCCGCAUAUGCCAAGUAGAACGCUGUCAGAGCCAUUGCUGUGGUUGCCGCCACCAUCACCACCACCACCACUACCAACAGCUCCAUUACCGUUUCCAGCAGCACCAUUACCGCCUUCACCACCGCAGUUGUCUCCCAUUACAUCAGAAUCUCUAGUGCCGGUGCCACCAUCACCGCCUAUUACACCAGGAAACUUGGCAGCACCACCACCUCCGCCGCCACCGCCACCACCACCUGGAAAUAAUGCAUCUGCUCUGCCCCCACCCCCGCCACCGCCUCCUGGAACAUCUGUAAAUAAUGCAUCUGCUCCGCCACCACCUCCACCGCGGAUGGCAUCGAGGGAUGGUGCACCGCCACCCCCUCCUCCACCAGUGGGCGCGUCAAGAGGACGGGAGCCACCAAUGCCACCACCACUGGCGAAUGGAGCUGCUCCACCACCCCCUCCAGGGAUGACGUGCCUCCGUCCCAGGAAAGCAGCCACGAAAUUGAAGAGAUCGUCCCAAAUGGGCAAUCUGUAUCGAUUUCUCAAGGGGAAAGUGGAAGGGUCGAGCUCAAGCGGUAAAUCAUCAGGACGAAAGGGUAAAGUUGGAGGAGCAUCCUCUGGAGGAAAACAGGGAAUGGCUGAUGCAUUGGCAGAGAUGACAAAAAGGUCGGCAUACUUCCAACAAAUCGAAGAAGAUGUCAAGAACCACGCGGGAACAAUUAAGGAAGUGAAAACUGCCAUCAAUUCUUUCGAGACAUCUGACAUGAAUGAGCUCCUCAAGUUCCACAAAUAUGUGGAAUCUCACCUUGAGAAACUAACAGAUGAAACUCAGGUUCUAUCAAGAUUUGAAGACUUUCCCGGCAAGAAGUUGGAAGCUUUGAGAAUGGCGGCAGCCUUAUACACAAAAUUAGAUACGAUUGCUAAUACUUUACAGAACUGGCCGGUCGGUUUGCCUCUUGGCCAAGUCCUGGACAAAGCUGAGGGCUACUUCAAUAAGAUAAAGGUGGAAAUGGACGCGUUGGAGCGGACUAAAGAUGAAGAAUUAAAGAGAUUUAAGGCUCAGAAGAUCAAUUUUGAUUUUGGGAUCCUAAUACGGAUCAAAGAACUGAUGGUGGACGUCUCUUCAAACUGUAUGGAGUUGGCACUCAAGGAGAGGAGAGAAGCCAAGGCCGAAGAAAAUGAAGAACUUAAAGCUGAUGCAAAAAAGAAAGGAUCUAUAAAAAUGCUAUGGAGGGCCUUCCAAUUUGCAUUCCGUGUUUACACCUUUGCUGGAGGGCAGGACGAACGGGCCGACAAUCUGACAAGAGAACUGGCCCAGGAAAUCGAAACCGGUAACUGAUUACAACAGUAUCCAUGUCCACUUUGUCACAAGAAAAAUGAAAAGUAAUAAAAAAAAAUAUUGAGGCAAAAAAACAAAAAACGAAAAAAAAAGAAGAUAAAAUCUUAGAGAUUUGAGACAUCCAUUUAUUUACCAAACUGCAGCCCUUCUUGGCUUU